GAUUAUCGGACCGACUUUGUCAGAAACUUAGUAGUUUUGAGCCGACUGAGCUCAAACACGACCCAACACCCCACACGAACCUUGGGCGCAUCGCAAACAUGACGGACAAGGCGGGCGUGGACCGCUCUGAUCCGCUGUACAAGGUCGUCAACACGGACAAGAAGCGCGUCGCUUAUUUUUACGACUCCGACAUUGGCAACUAUGCAUAUGUUACAGGCCACCCUAUGAAACCUCACCGAAUCCGAUUGGCGCAUAGCCUGGUUAUGAACUAUGGCAUCUACAAGUUCCUCGAGGUUUAUCGUGCCAAGCCCGCUGUCUUCACAGAGAUGACGCAGUUUCACACGGACGAAUACAUAGAGUUCCUCCAGCGAGUAACCCCCGACAACAUGGACUCAUACGUUAAGGAGCAGAGUAAAUACAAUGUGGGAGACGACUGUCCGGUAUUCGACGGCCUGUUUGAGUUCUGUGGCAUCAGCGCGGGUGGAAGUAUGGAGGGUGCUGCCCGGCUCAACCGAUCUAAGUGCGACAUCGCUGUGAACUGGGCCGGUGGUCUUCAUCACGCCAAGAAGAGCGAAGCCAGCGGCUUCUGCUAUGUGAAUGAUAUCGUUCUCGCUAUCAUCGAACUCCUCCGCUUCAAGAAACGCGUUCUAUACAUCGACAUCGACGUUCACCACGGUGACGGCGUGGAGGAGGCGUUUUAUACUACCGAUCGCGUUAUGACUGUCUCAUUCCACAAGUACGGCGAGUACUUCCCGGGAACGGGCGAGCUUCGAGACAUUGGUAUUGGACCUGGCAAGAACUACGCUGUGAACUUCCCACUGAGGGAUGGAAUCGACGACAACUCAUACAAGAAAAUCUUCGAACCAGUCAUUGACGCUGUCAUGAAGUACUACCAGCCUGAGGCCGUGGUCUUGCAGUGCGGCAGCGACAGUCUGUCGGGUGAUCGGUUGGGAUGCUUCAACCUGAGCAUGCGCGGCCAUGCCAACUGCGUCGACUUUGUACGCGGAUAUGGCCUCCCCACGCUCGUGCUGGGUGGCGGUGGCUAUACCAUGCGCAACGUUGCUCGCACAUGGGCAUAUGAGACCGGACGCCUGGUGGGAGUAGACAUGGACAGAACACUCCCGUAUAACGAAUAUUACGAGUACUAUGGACCUGAUUACGAACUGGACGUUAGGUCAUCUAACAUGGAAAACGCCAACUCGAACGAGUACCUCGAGAAGAUCAAGAUUGCCGUGAUUGAGAACCUCCGAAAGACGGCACCUGUGCCCUCAGUUCAAAUGCAGGACAUACCUCGCCCGAGUAUGGGCAUGACAGACGAGGAGGAGGCAAUGCUUGACGAUCUGGACGAAGAUCAGAACCCUGACGCACGAAUCACACAAAGGCAAUGGGAAAAGAGCGUUGCAAGGCAAGACGAAUUCGAGGAUAGUGACGACGAGGACAUGGCACAGUCAAACGGCGCUGCGGCGGUGCCAAGGACCCGGCCGUCGAUAAUGAACCAUGAAAAUCCGCAUGCAGACUUGGAAGAUGACGCAGGAAAGCCGGUGCCCAAUCCAAACAAGGAAGCCGAAAAGGAUGCAGAUGACACUGUCAUGGAGGACGCCGAUGCAGAACAAGCUGAAGCUCCUGAGAAGACUACCGACAAACCAAACGGCGACGCCGAGGCUGAAGUAGCCAAGGAGACUGAAGACGUGGACAUGAUGGACACGGAUGAAAAGGCCCCGGCAACUGAGGACCCCUCUCCUGCCUCGAACGACUCCAGCAAAGACAAGGAGGCCGAGAUCAAAAAGGAGGUCCCAGAAACCUCACGACCGCCAACGCCAAAAGCGGGCGAGACUGCUGAUAAGAGCGACAAGGUCGAGGACGAGCCGAUGGCAGAAGCAGCGGCCUCUGCUCCUGCUGGUGAGGAUAGUGUGGAAAAGGGGACAGAGCCAGCUGCCAAAGAAGCAGAAGCCCCCAAAACUGCGGACAAGGCAGAAAACAAUGGUGACAAGGACAAGGAAGCUGCCGACGGCGGUGACAAAGAAGCAGAAUCAAAGGCCACAGAGGAGGCAGAGCCAUAG